CGCGGGGCCGCCCCGCGGCCACGCCGCUGUCGCGGGUGCAUUCCUGGCUCUCCCGCCCGGGGCUGAGCAGCUCCCGGGCUGAGCCUGCCAUCCCCACUGGGCGCAGGGGUCGGGGCUGGUGGAAGCUGGGAGCCGGGCUGCAGAGGACCCAGGAAGGCAGUCGGAGAGAGGCCCAGCCUGGGUCCCUGUGAGUAGCAGGAAGGAGAUGCAGCUGCUGCUGGCCCUGUUGGGGGUCCUGCUGGCAGUGCCUGGGGCUCCAGCUUUGUCUCUUGAGGCCUCUGAGGAAACGGAGCUGGAGCCCUGCCUGGCCCCCAGCCCGGAGGAGCAAGAGCAGGAGCUGACUGUGGUCCUUGGGCAGUCUGUGCGGUUAUGCUGUGGGCGGGCUGAGCGUAGUGGCCACUGGUACAAGGAGGGCAGUCGCCUGGCACCUGCUGGCCGAGUACGAGGCUGGAGAGGCCGCUUGGAGAUUGCCAGCUUCCUACCCGAGGAUGCUGGCCAAUACUUCUGCCUGGCACGAGGCUCCAUGCUUGUCCUACACAAUGUCACCUUGGUUAUGGAUGACUCCAUGACCUCCAGCAACGGUGAUGAGGACCCCAGGACCCACAGUGGCCCCUCGAAUGGGCACAUUUACGCCCAGCAAGCACCCUACUGGACACACCCCCAGCGCAUGGAGAAGAAACUACAUGCAGUGCCUGCUGGGAACACUGUCAAGUUCCGCUGUCCAGCGGCAGGCAACCCCAUGCCCACCAUCCGCUGGCUUAAGGAUGGACAGGACUUCCAUGGGGAGAAUCGCAUUGGAGGCAUUCGGCUGCGCCACCAGCACUGGAGCCUGGUGAUGGAAAGCGUGGUGCCCUCGGACCGUGGCACAUACACCUGCCUCGUGGAGAACUCUUUGGGCAGCAUCCGCUACAGCUAUCUGCUGGAUGUACUGGAGAGGUCCCCGCACCGGCCCAUCCUGCAGGCGGGGCUCCCAGCCAAUACCACAGCUGUAGUGGGCAGCGACGUGGAGCUGUUAUGCAAAGUGUACAGCGAUGCCCAGCCUCACAUCCAGUGGCUGAAGCACAUUGUCAUCAACGGCAGCAGCUUUGGUGCCGACGGCUUCCCCUAUGUGCAAGUCUUAAAGACAGCAGACAUCAAUAGCUCAGAGGUGGAGGUCCUAUACCUUCGGAAUGUGUCUGCCGAGGACGCAGGUGAAUACACCUGUCUGGCAGGCAACUCUAUCGGCCUUUCCUACCAGUCAGCUUGGCUCACGGUGUUGCCAGAAGAGGACCUCACGUGGACGGCAGCAGGGCCCGAGGCUAGGUACACGGAUGUCAUCCUGUACGCAUCAGGCUCUCUGGCUUUGCUUGUGCUUCUGCUGCUGGCCGGGCUGUAUCGCCGGCAGGUGCUCCACGGCCGGCACCCCCGGCAGCCCGCCACCGUGCAGAAACUCUCCCGCUUCCCCUUGGCACGACAGUUCUCCCUGGAGUCGGGCUCCUCAGCCAAGUCAAGCUCGUCUCUGGUGCGGGGUGUCCGUCUCUCCUCCAGCGGCCCCCCAUUGCUCGCUGGCCUCGUGAGUCUAGACCUACCUCUCGACCCACUGUGGGAGUUCCCCCGGGACAGGCUGGUGCUCGGAAAGCCCCUGGGUGAGGGCUGCUUCGGGCAGGUGGUAUGUGCAGAGGCCUUUGGCAUGGACCCCACCCGGCCCGAUCAAGCCAGCACCGUGGCUGUCAAGAUGCUUAAGGACAAUGCUUCUGACAAGGACUUGGCUGACCUAGUCUCUGAGAUGGAGGUGAUGAAGCUGAUUGGCCGACACAAGAACAUCAUCAAUCUGCUGGGAGUCUGCACCCAGGAAGGGCCCCUGUACGUGAUUGUGGAGUGUGCUGCCAAGGGAAACCUGCGGGAGUUCCUGCGGGCCCGCCGCCCCCCAGGCCCUGACCUCAGCCCUGAUGGGCCUCGGAGCAGUGAGGGACCACUUUCCUUCCCUGCCCUGGUCUCCUGCGCAUAUCAGGUGGCCCGAGGCAUGCAGUACCUGGAGUCACAAAAGUGCAUCCACCGGGACCUGGCUGCCCGCAACGUGCUGGUGACUGAGGACAAUGUGAUGAAGAUCGCUGACUUUGGGCUGGCCCGAGGCAUCCACCAUAUUGACUACUACAAGAAAACAAGCAACGGCCGCCUGCCUGUCAAGUGGAUGGCACCUGAGGCCUUGUUUGACAGAGUCUACACACACCAGAGUGACGUGUGGUCAUUUGGGAUCCUGCUGUGGGAGAUCUUUACCCUCGGGGGCUCCCCGUACCCUGGCAUCCCCGUGGAGGAGCUGUUCUCGCUGCUACGGGAGGGCCAUCGGAUGGACCGGCCCCCACACUGCCCUCCAGAGUUGUAUGGGCUGAUGCGUGAGUGUUGGCACGCAGCACCCUCUCAGAGGCCCACUUUCAAGCAGCUGGUGGAGGCACUGGACAAGGUCCUGCUGGCUGUCUCUGAAGAGUACCUUGACCUCCGCUUAACCUUUGGACCCUACUCCCCCGCCGGUGGGGACGCCAGCAGCUCCUGCUCCUCCAGCGACUCGGUCUUCAGCCAUGAGCCCCUGCCCCUGGGACCCAGCUCCUUCUUCCCUGGGGUGCAGACGUGAGCGGUUGACACCAGGUUGUACCAGUUGGCAGCCUUGGGUCUCCCGGCUCAGCCGCAACCUGGUGAUGUUUGACCUUGGCAGCCCCAGGUCCUGAUUUAAGGGUACUGUCCCAGAUUUCUGGUUCUGCUUUGGGGAGGUCCGUCUCUGGUCCUGGGCUCCCUAGUUGAGACUUCCUGCUCCGGCCUCAGCUUCUCAAGCCAGAAUUCAAGUCGUCUCAAGGCCCUGCCCUUGCCUUAGAGUCAUGGCCGUAGUGUUCUAUUGGCUUUUGAGGUUCUGCUUGGCCUCAUGGGCCUUGAUGCUUCAUCCUUGUUCCAGGGCUUCCGUCGGUCCUGGCUGCAGGGUUGUCCUAAAUCUCCCUGCUUCCCUACAUCAAGAGAGGUCCUGGCCUCUGAACCUUAUUUCCCCAGGCCUCCCCAGCCUCCCCUCUGCUGCUUGUGCCAGCAUCUUGGUGGAGGAGCAUUGGCCCCUGUGCUAGCUGAGAGGCUGGAAGCCUGCCAAAAACACAGAAGCAAAUAGCCUUUUAUAAAUUAUUUUUUUGAAAUAAA